GGCCGUUUAUGGCGGCUGGGCCGGGCUACGGGUCCAAAACAAAGGGCAGGCGGCCCGCGAGGCGGCGGCAGGAGGAUGCCUCGCGCCCGGAGUGGGCGCCAACGGCCGGAGCGCGUCCCGGGUCACACCGGGAUCGCCUGAAAACCGAGCCCGCGCCGACCGAGCCUGGGCCGGAUGGGCGCAGCGGACUCUGCCGCGGACCGCCGAGCGGCCGUUGCGCUGGCUUUCUCUUGUCCCAGUGUGUGGACAGCACCACACGCCCUCCAGACCAGCAACGGCUCUUGCGUGUGCUUUCCAGUGUUUUUGUCAGAGAGUCCGACAGAGCCCUAGCUCCUUCAGAGCUGGCCCAGAACCGAGUGACGAGCGCCCAGCAGACAUGGUGAAAAUGACCAAGUCCAAAACUUUCCAAGCUUAUCUGCCACACUGUCACCGAACUUACAGCUGUAUCCACUGCAGAGCCCAUCUGGCCAAUCACGAUGAGCUCAUUUCCAAGUCCUUUCAGGGAAGCCAGGGGCGAGCCUACCUCUUCAACUCUGUGGUGAAUGUGGGCUGCGGCCCCGCUGAGGAGAGAGUCCUUCUAACUGGGCUGCAUGCAGUGGCCGACAUCUACUGUGAGAACUGCAAGACCACGCUCGGGUGGAAAUACGAACAUGCCUUUGAGAGCAGUCAGAAAUACAAGGAAGGAAAAUUUAUUAUUGAACUUGCCCACAUGAUCAAAGACAACGGCUGGUAAAAUGAAGCGGUCCACUCCUGUUUGAGUACUAUUUUAUGAAAGCUGAGUGCAAAGAAGACCUAGCUUCUUGGUGACAAUACUUCUUGAACUUAACCUCACGGCCAGCCCAGCUUCAACACUUGAAGCUGUCUCUCUAGGCUAUCCACUUGGUAAGGUGCCCCAUCUGAAUCCCCUUCAUGUACAAUGCAUUUCUGGAAGUCUGCAGUCUUUUUCUAACAUCUUAAGUUCUAGAGAAAGAAUUGACCAGCUGGUGACUCACCUGCCUAGUGAAUACUUUUUUUCACC